CGACGGACCGCGGCAGUGAGCCUCGGUCCCCGGGAAGCCGACCCGUGAUGAGUAAUUGAAUCACCUGACUGCUGGCACGUGAAUGUUUGCUCACUUUGCAAACUCGGCAUGGGAUGGGCCGUGUCGGAAGCUCCGUGAUAAUAAUCCGUCCGAUCUUGGUGGUGGGUGGUAAUCGGACGAUCGAGAUAAUUUGUCGUCGGGGCCGGGUUAAGCACCUCUACACUCCAGAUAUCAGCGCACUCAAUUGGAGAUCAGAACUUGAUACCACGAAUCAAGGAACACUAAGGAACAAAAUAAACCCACAUACCAACCAACCAACCAUCCCUCCAUCUCCGUCCACCAUCCCACCUCCACCACCAACCAUGUCCUCUAUCCUCCGCAGACUCCAAGGGGGCAACCUCGAAGUCUUCAAGUUCGGCAUGUACAUCAUCUUCCCCAUCGGCUGGAUGUACUACUUCGGCACGAACCUCGACGACCGCUUCAGCGUCCCCGGCUUCUGGCCCACCACCGAACAAUCGCACAAGAUUCCCCUGGAGAAGGAAGAGAUUGAUCGCGAAUUGGCGCGCAUGCGCAUGGUGGAUGCCGUCCGUCGGGAGAAGCGACAGCAGCGUGAGGCGUUGGAGCAGGCGCAGGCGCAGACGCAGGUGCAGAUUGAAUCCUCGAGUGCGGAGUAAUUGGGUGGGUAGUAUGUGAGGGUGAGGUGAUAUAUGAUGGGGAUUAUCUGCGUGGGUGUCUACCUUUCCGGAGGGGUUGAAAGCUCUUCUGGGGGCAAAGAUGAUGGCGGAUGUGGGCGGACGAUUGUGUAUACGUACCGUACUUGAAUACCGGUGUAUACGAUGGGGAUGGGGAUACGGAAGCGACGUUACACAUGUCCUACCGGUGGAUCUAUGAUGGGUGCUGUUUCUGUUUUGUAUAACACUCUUCUCUGAGCAUGGCGGGAGUUGUAUAUUGGUUUGUUGGUCUGUGGAUUGGAUUGGGUAUAUUAUAUUAUUCUUUUCUGUGUUUAUGUGUAGUUAUAUUCAGGCGUUAUGCAAAAGCAAAAGUUUCUGCUCAAUUGAGCAUGAUGGUGU